AUGUCUCGGGCAACUGGGCCUACAACGCGCUCUCAAACACGCGCUUCAACUUCACACUUCACUGAAGAAAUGUCCACCCAAGAGGUAGGCGACCCCCCUCUAACCCCACCGAAGUUCAUGGAGGAGCUUCGCGCAACUUUGGUAGACCUCGGAGAUACCGACACUGUUCUGGGAAGGGAUGCCAAGGAGCUUCGGGACGCGACCACUUCAGUUGUUACUGAAGCCUGGCGCGAUGCCCCUCUCUCAGCCCAAGUAGGACGUAUGUCUCUAAGUCCGCGCCAACACGCAGCAAACCGACCCACUUCCCGCAGACGACGUUACGACCAGUCCUUUUCGCAAUCAGCUAAGGGGGAUCGGCGACGGGCGACCAACUAUUCGGGUGGCUCAAGGAGUUUAGACGGGAAGUGCUUCAAUUGUGGCGGCUUCGGGCAUAGAUCGCGAGAAUGUCCAUCUCCUCGCAAGGAAACACGCAACACGGUUCGUCCCCUUACACCGCAGCAGCCGCGUUCAUCCUCCCAGCCUCAUAUGAUGGCCUUCCAGGGUACCAGUCCGAAAGUCGACCCAACAGAAUCGGGACUUGGAGCUCCGCCAUCACAGUCACUAGGUCAUGUGGAUCCCCAACUUCAGCAGCUGCGGAUAGAUGCUUUGAUUAAGCGCAAUCAUAAACUGUCUCAACGCGUGUUUCAGGGGCAACACCCUGGACACGGUUUUUCAUCUUCAACUGCAUCUUCUUCUUCCCCAUCCGUGAGUUGCUUGUUUUUGACUGUGUGUGCACUUUCUCUACUCGGCAUGAGCAAUGCAACCUCUGCUUGGCUGUGCCCAUCUGACUCUCAUGACCAGAUUAUUCGCAUUCCAUUUUCGUAUAAUUGUUCGAAUAUUAUGCCAUCUACAAAUGCUACAGUUGAUUCUUUGUCUCUUAAUAUUUUUCGUCCCAACACUAGACGCUACUCCACUCCAGCCCAUUGGUGCAAAAUAGUAACUAACUCCGCUAUUUUCCCUGUUAAUUUUUUUCGGAUACCGUUCCAUUAG